AUGAGCCAAGAGUAUUUUCCUGUCGCCGGCAGCUCGUCUGCCGACAAAGAUGCGUCCCCGAAUUACCCUGAACACGACGAGUCAAUCCCGAAGCCGUGGACAGCGCCGCAGUACAUGACCGUUGGCAAUGGAUCAACAUCAGCAGCAGCCGAAGCACUCAUUGCAUCUUUGAAUCAUGAUUCCGGCUACGGUGGAAGCAUUGCUGGAGAUAGCGCGCUCGAUGGCGAUUUGACCGAUUGGCAAGCCGGGAUGCUUGAAGACCGACCGACACCUGCGCAUACGCCUCGCGAGGCAGGUUUAGAGGGCAACGGCGGAACUCAAAUGCUUGCGAGUCACGUCCAUCAACUUCAAUAUAACGCGAAUCGACACAAACUAGGCAGAGCGAUCACCCAGGCAAUCGAGAUUCUAGAAGGUCUACGGGACAUGAACGGACGAUGGCCACUUCAUUAUCCAUCCUACCAACCCUCGGAGCGACCGUCGUUACAGCAAACACAGUCGCAAGCCGACCUGGCAACAUUGGAAAGCCAAGAAUCCUCUCCGUCGCGUCCACCCCCAAUCAGGCGUGCAGCUACAUCUCUGGAUACUGCCGACAUUGCCGAGUCUAGUGCAGUUGCUGAGCGCCGUGAAUUACCAGAACCUCGUCUGAUGAGUCGUGAGAUGGCCGAAAAAUUUAUGGUAUUGAAAAUUGAACUUAAGCUCGGUGGUGCCUCCCAAACAGAACUUGUUCACUCACUGGAGAAGAAAUCGAUUGCCUCGUUGCUGAACGGGAAGAUAAACCAGAGCGUCAAACAUCUGCUGGCGUUAAGAGAUCGCAUCAACGAUACGUCUAGCAAAGUGUUGAUCACUGGAGAUCUGAAUGCUGGAAAAUCGACCUUCUGCAACGCAUUGUUACGUCGCAAAAUUUUGCCGGAGGACCAACAACCGUGUACCAGUAUAUUUUGCGAGGUGCUCGAUGCAAGGGAAAAUGGCGGAGUUGAAGAAGUUCACGCUAUUCCAAAGGAACGAAUUUAUAAUCGCCACGACGAGAGCACUUACGACGUCUUUUCGCUAUCGGAUUUGGAGGAAAUAGUGACUGACAAUUCAAAGUACACACAGUGCAAAGUCUACGUGAAAGACGUGAGGACAAUCGACCAAUCUCUUUUGAACAAUGGAGUCGUUGACAUUGCUCUGAUCGACGCUCCUGGUUUAAAUUCAGACUCUAUCAAGACCACCGCCGUAUUUGCCCGUCAGGAAGAGAUUGAUGUUGUCGUUUUUGUCGUAUCUGCGGCUAAUCACUUUACGCUAUCUGCGAAGGACUUCAUCAUGAGUGCGGCACAUGAAAAGGCUUAUAUGUUUAUGGUUGUCAAUGGAUUCGACAACAUACGAGACAAGGGAAGAUGUCAACGUAUGAUUUUGGAUCAAAUUGCCAAAUUGAGUCCUCAUACAUACAAGGAUGCCGAGGAGCUAGUCCAUUUUGUUUCAAGUAAUGCCAUACCCGUCCAACCUGCAGUUAGUUCAGGCUCUGGUUCUGGUGGUGGUGAUGAUCCAUCGGACCAUGACAGCGACCAUGAAGACGGCGAUGGCGGAAAGGGCAAAGGCAAAGGCAAGGAGAAGGAGAAGAUUCAGGAUUUUGAAAAGCUGGAAGGAGCCUUGCGCCGUUUCGUUCUUGAGAGGCGCGCCCGAUCGAAGUUGGCACCCGCACGAACAUACAUUCUCAAUGUUUUGUCUGACAUCAAUACCUUGGCAUCCGUGAAUCGGGACGUCGCUCAAUCUGAACUAGAUCGCGUCAGCUCAGAGCUUGAAGAGAUCGUGCCUGCGUUUGAGGAUGGAAAGAAGAAGAAGACUGAAAUUGCUGAUCAGGUUGAGAAUACCAUAGAGAAGUCUUGUGAGGAUGUUUAUAACUACACGCGCCAGAACCUCAACAAUACCAUAGACAAGGUUGCCUAUACUGACCUUGGCGUGGAAUACCCGGGACUACUUUCCGCUUUCCAGUAUGCUGAAGACCUGAAGGUUGCUAUGCUUGAUCAGGUUUCAGCAGCAGUGCUGGAGUGCGAGAACUAUGCCCGCGUGAAGACGACGCAUGGAGUCUCUUACAUUCAACAACUUGGCUUGUUGCACGUUGGGGAAGACAAAUUCCCACCUAUGAGUUUCCGACCUGAGAAUAUGUUCCAAAAACGACGACAUGCUUUGGCCAGACAAAUCGAUACGCAGGUAGAGCUGUGGGACUUUUUUGAUAUCCCUGGACUCUGGGAGAGACAAGAAAAGGUUGCUGGAACUGGUGUUGCCAUGACGGCUGUGACAGUCCUUGGUGGACGCGCCAUUGCAGGAGUUGGGUGGAUAGAUGGAGUUUUCGGUGCCGCGAAGGUGCUUGGAUCGAACAAUAUACGACGGAUGAUUGUCCCUGGAGUGGUUGCAGCUGCAAUUCUGACAACAGCCUAUGUCCUUUCAAUUAUCCCUCAGACACUUCCUCCCCGCCUUUCACGCAAAUUGGCCGCUUCUCUUGCUGAAGUAGACUACGUCCAUUCCAACGCUUCACGCAUCUCGACUCAAGUGCGUCGUGUAUUGGGCAUACCAGGUGCCAACUUACAUUCUCAACUCGCUCAAAGUGUUGAAGAUCUAGCGCGUCGCAGGGAAGAAGUGACUAAGAUCAAGGGAGAAAGCGAAGUUGCGAAAAAGUAUUUCGCUAAUCUGUUCCGAGAAACUCAAGAAAGCCGACGAACUGUCGACCAAAUUGACCUUGAAGGUCCUCUACCGGGAGCCUUGGGUCACCACUAA